AUGCUGCGCACGCGAGCUGCGGCCAAUUCGAAGCAUGCCCUUCAAUAUGUCCAACAGGCGGCAGAAAGGAUACAGUUACCCUGGCUGUGUCCCGCCCUCGCUGAGCCAUACACUGCCCGAUACCAGCGCAGAUCAAUAACCACACGUCCAACGGUAUCGCGCUCAAAGACCUUGCCUGCACCCAUCACCCAAUCCAGACAUCUUGCCUCCCCAGCGUCCGCGCACGAGAACUUCGACCGCAGCGAUGAUUAUAUCCCUUUUACCUACGGCAACCGAGAAUAUCCCAUAGCCCAGAAUCCGCACCGAUCCUCCACAAGUGACCUUUCUCCUUUUGACCUGUCAGAGAUAUUGAUGCUCGAUGCUGGGGAGCUUGUCGAAGACCACCUCGAGACUCAGGCAGGCAACAAAAAGCUGAGGAAUAUCGAUGAAAUCGAAGCCACGCUAGACGCUUGUCUGCAAGUACACCGAUGGGAUCGGGCAUUCACACUCCUGUCACAGCUGAGCCUGUUUUGUCAAAACAAUCCCUCUCGGCUGCGAAACUCAUUCAACCGCGUCCUUGCGACCAUGGUCGAGGAUCUCAUAUGGAAUCGAAACGUUGAUCAUGAAACACGGAUAAACAAAUGGAUUGAGGUGCACAUGAGAAAAGCGAAUCUGGAACCAGACGCUCAUACAUUUGCGUUAAAAUUAAAGGCGGCUUUGGAGACCUCGAUCGGCUCGAAAAGGGAUCGGACAGUGCGUCGCUACUGGGAUAUGACCAAACGAUACCAGUUGGAGAGUAAAGUUCUGAGUAUGCGGGAUGUCCUAGAUGAUAGAGAUCUGGGCAAACUCUCUGAAAUCUGCACAAUCGAAGUCAUGGCCCGUCAACCAGGGCGUUUCGACGAUACCCUGCAGCUGGAUUCAGUGCAGCCCGCAUCCAUAGGGAAAGCGCAGGUCCACGUUCGAGAAACAGAACAGAAAGGGUUGGGGUUGUCCUCACUUAGACGCUCGCUGUCUCUGUUCUCGGAGCAGACGGAAAACAUUGUUGAGGCAAGGUCAGAGGAAGAUUCUGCUACACAAAGGCAACGACGGUUGGAGAGAGACGCAAUACAAUCCGCUCUUGACCGGUGGAAGGCCGAAUUCAAGAAAAGAGCUAGCAUAGGCAUUCUGCCGACGGAUCUCGCUCAUGGCGAAAUUGGAGCUUUGCUCUGGCAAUGGCAUGAGAUAAUGGCCGAAAAGAUCAAGCAAGAGAUCAAACAAGCCAGGGAAGAAGAGCAUGGACUGACUGGUCCAAAGUCAGCACAACAGAAACUCCGAGCCGAAUGUUCACCAUUUCUUGAGCUGCUGCCUCCGGAGCAUGUAGCGGCUGUCACCUCCAUUGCCCUGAUGCAGAUCAUGAGCAAGGUCGGCGCAUCGAAAUCGGUCAAGCUAGUCCGGCUGGUCACUUCACUCGGAGAGACACUCGAAAAUGAAUACAACGCGACGAAAAUCAAUCGCGAGUUGAAUGCCGCGCGCAAUGCGAAGAGACGAGGAAUCAUUGAAUCCCUGUUCGAGCAUGGAGUCAAGCUAUCCUCGCAAAUGCACAGACACUCACCUCACCACUCUGCUAGAGCCUUCACAUACAAUAAAGAGUGGACCAAAGCAAUACAUGCGAAGGUCGGGGCUCUUCUUUGUGAACUUAUGUUCGAGACGGCCAAGAUCACCAUUACAAGAAAGGACCCAGCUACCGGAGCUGCGCUUUCAAUGCCUCAACCCGUCUUUCUGCAUUCCAGUGCCUUUCAGAAUGGCCGAAGGGUGGGGACAGUUUCCUUGCAUGAAGAUUUUGUCAGGCUUCUUGCUAGUGAGCCUGCAGAACAUCUGAUUGCCAAGCAGUUGCCCAUGGUGUGCCCGCCCAAACCUUGGAAAGGCUUCUACGAAGGGGGGUUUCUGGAGUCCAAGCAACCAUUUCUCCGAGUCAAACAGAACGAAACGGCGCAAAAAGACUACGGCAUCGCUGCUGCAAGCCGGGGUGAUCUAGACCAACUUUUCGCUGGCGUUGACGUCCUUGGCAAGACCGGCUGGCGGAUUAACAAGGAUGUGUUCUCUGUCAUGCUCGAGGCCUGGAAUAGUGGCGAGGAGGUCGCCAACCUCCCGCCUCUAAACAAAGUCUUUCCUGAAAUCGAACGGCCUGGGGAGAACGCCACGCAUAAGGAGCGUUGGGAGUGGUUCUCCAAGAUGCGCAAAAUCGACAACGAGAGAACAGGCAUCCAUUCAAAUCGGUGUUUUCAAAAUUUUCAAAUGGAGAUUGCAAAAGCCUACCUCAACGAGACGUUCUACCUUCCACACAACAUUGACUUUCGUGGGCGGGCCUAUCCUAUCCCACCAUAUCUCAACCAAAUGGGUGCCGAUAAUUGUCGAGGGCUCUUGCUGUUUGAUAAAGGGCGCGAGCUGGGCCCCGACGGACUGCGCUGGCUGAAGAUCCACCUUGCGAAUGUCUACGGGUACGACAAAGCUAGCUUAUCUGACCGUGCCCAGUUUCCCAUGGACCACCUGGACGACAUUUACGACACUGUUAAGAAUCCUCUCAACGGAAGACGCUGGUGGCUCGCCGCGGAGGAUCCGUGGCAAUGUCUGGCCACUUGUUUCGAAUUGACCAACGCCCUCGAAAGCCCCGAUCCCACGAAGUUCGUUUCCAGACUCCCAAUUCAUCAAGAUGGUUCAUGCAAUGGACUGCAGCAUUACGCGGCCCUAGGCGGCGACCUCGCUGGAGCCAGGCAAGUCAACCUAGAACCAGGCGACAAGCCCGCCGACGUUUACAGCGGUGUGUGCGAGCUAGUCAAAGCCGAGAUCAAGGAAGACGCUGCCAAGGGUGACUCGCUGGCAAAAAUGCUUGACGGCAAAGUUACACGCAAGGUGGUCAAACAGACGGUCAUGACCAAUGUCUACGGGGUCACCUUCCUCGGUGCGAUCCGGCAGGUGCGAAAACAAGUGGAAGUCCUUAUUCCUGAAGUUGAAGCUGCUGGCCUUUCAGGCAAAGCAUCAACGUACAUUGCGAGAAAGAUCUUCAAGGGUCUUGGUGCACUGUUCACGGGAGCCCACGACAUCCAGUACUGGCUGGGUGAUUGCGCCAAUCGUAUCAGCAGCUCGAUCUCGCCAGCCCAGCAAGAAAAUAUUUACGAACAGGAAGGCUCUGGCGUCCCAAAGGCCAAAGAGCGGACAGGCAGAACCAAAGCUAAGGGCAAGGUCGUCUUGGAAUCUGCAGCCUUCCGGUCACCGGUCAUUUGGACCACGCCUCUCAAACUGCCAGUGGUGCAACCAUAUCGCAUAAACAAGGGAUUGACAAUCCAGACUAAUUUGCAGAGCAUCAUACUUGCUCAACCGAGUGUUUCAGAUUCUGUCAACAAGAGAAAGCAAUUGCAGGCAUUCCCUCCAAAUUUUAUCCAUUCCCUUGAUGCCACGCAUAUGAUCCUCUCGGCUUUGAAGGCCAGCGAACUUGGACUGAGCUUCUCUGCCGUGCACGACAGUUUCUGGACGCACGCUGCCGACAUCAACUCUCUCAGUGAACUUUUGCGAGAUGCCUUCAUUCGAAUGCACAGCGAUGACAUCAUCGGGCGGCUUGCGGCCGAGUUCAACAAGCGAUACGAUGGACAUUUCUACUUGGCGCAAAUCAACAGAAACAAUUUGCUGGGGAAGGCCAUCACCGAGUACCGUCAGCAGAUGGUCGCCGAAGGCGUCUUCCCUGUAGGCACUGGAUCGAGAAACAUUCAGCAAAGACGGCAUGCCGAAUUGUUGCGAGAAAUCCAAAAGAAGAAAUUGAUGGCCAGUUCGGACCCUCAACAGAAAGAAGAAGGGGAAAGGAUGGUGACAGCAGCGAGUCUAUAUGAACAAUACGAUGGAGACAAGUAUCUGUUCCACCGUGAUUCGCUGGGAGAGACAGCCAUUGGUGCAAUUCCCGAGACGAUGGAGUGUGCCAAAGAGGAAAUUGUGGAUGCAGCUCUCCAUGCCAGCGAGGUUUCCGAUGACAUCGACCUUGCAAGCACAUUGGAUCCCCUGAGAGAUUCAGUCGCCAACGAGAGUAAUGAAGACACGAUUGACGUCAAGACCGACAACACCAUGUCUGAUGCUACUGGAUCCGACCCAGUCGCCAAGGCGCACCAAGUUACUGUCAAUGCCUUUGGCCAGAGGCUACGAACACAAAGUAGAAAGACUGGCCAGAAAAGCAAAAAUAACCAAAUCUGGUUGUGGCUGCCCAUGAAAUUCCGGCCUGUGCCGAAAAGGGGUGACUUUGACGUCAAGAGGCUGAAGGACAGCACAUACUUCUUUUCAUGA